AUGACACACGUUUCAAUUGUUACAGGAGCUUCAAGAGGAAUUGGUAAAGCAAUUGUCGACACCAUUUUGCAAACGCCAGAAGCAAAAGUUGUCGCCAUUGCCAGAUCACAGUACGCUCUUCAAUCAUUAAAGGAUAAGUAUGGUCCCGACAGUUUUGAUUUUGUCGCCGGUGAUGUGACUGAUGUCAUUACUGUUCAAAAGGCAAUCGAUGUAGCACUUACUCAAUUCGGACAAAUUGAUUCGAUUGUCGCUAAUGCCGGUGUUUUGGAUCCCGUUGGUGCAAUCAACACCACCUCAAUUGAUGAUUGGAAAAAAUUGUACGAUGUCAACUUGUUUUCAAUUGUGCAAUUGAUACAACUUAGUUUACCUGAGUUGAAGCGUACAAAGGGUAAUAUCGUUGCUGUUAGCUCAGGAGCAGCAAACAAGGCGUACAGUGGAUGGUACGCCUAUGGAAGCUCAAAGGCUGCCUUAAACCACCUCAUUUUCUCAUUAGCACAGGAGGAGCCAUUAAUUCAAGCCAUUUCGAUUGCCCCCGGAGUCGUUGACACUGAAAUGCAACAGGAUAUCAGAGAAAAGUUUGGUUCCAAUAUGAGCAAAGAAGGAUUGCAAAGGUUUAUCGAUUUACAUGAAAAGAAGCAAUUGGUACCUCCAGAAGAGCCGGGUAGAGUUUUUGCCAAUUUGGCAUUAAAAGGAUGGUCAGCUGAUUUAAAUGGACAAUUUCUCCGAUACAAUGAUUCAAAACUUGAAUCAUACAAGUAG